AUGUCCAAUCUCAAGUCUCACGGUCAGUCUAAUCCCGAGCCAAUCUCUUUGCCGCCGUAUCAAAACGGCCAAUCCAACACUCGUCCCAAUCACUACGGCGAGCAGGGACAUCUAAUGGAUCCGGCUGCAGGAGAGAUCAGGGGAGGUGAUUGGCAGUCAGGCCUCUGUGACUGCUCGCCUUGUGGGUCUUGUUGUCUUGGCUCUUUCAUGCCAUGUCUGGUCGUGGGGAGAACCGCUUCUAGACUGCAGAACCCUACUUCUCAGUCUCCCGAUAUGUGUAAUGGCGACUGCAUGAUCCAUGCUGGUCUUUCAUUGCUUUUUGGAAGUGGCUGGAUUUACACCAUGAUAAAGCGAGGCGAUAUCCGCCAACGCUUUGGAAUUCCUGGGAGUGGAUGCGGCGAUUGUUGCACGGCGUUUUGGUGUCAAUGUUGCCAGAUUAUCCAAGCUGAUAAUGAGGUCAGAGCUCGCUUGGUCCCUAUGGUCGACAGAAACGGCUAUAAGCAGGUGGGAGGCAUGGUCGCUCAUCAGCAAUGA